UAUCUUUUCUAUCUUGAAAGACAUACAGUAUCAUUUGAACCGACUAACCAAUAACAUUAGAGUACCAUAAGAGGAAAAAAAUCAACAUGAGGGGUGUCUUGUCACUAUUUAUGCUGUUCGCUGCGCUGUUCGUAGCAACAUGUAAUUACAUUUCGCCUUUUUCGCGACCGGGAACAAAACAGCCACGAUUUCCUCAAUUUCCCGGCGGAACACCACCUUUUAAUCCACUGCCCGGAAGUACAGGACCUUUCAUUCCUAGAACACAACCAUUUACUCGUUUCCGAAGAUCUCCUGAAGACAAAAACAAAAUUACUGCUAACGCUAAUAAGGAGGGCGGUAAAUCAGCAUAUCAAAUAGAAUACGAGCGCAAACUUUAUGAAAAUGAACACGGCAGUGUCAGUGUUAAUACUGGAGUCAACAAAAACCCAUAUUCAAAGCCACAAAGUCAUGUUGGAGUCAGCGGAAGCUUCAGUUGGUAAUAAUUAGUGAAUGAAACAUACCCUAUCUGAAGAACCACAUUACGAAACUGAUAAUAAUAUGAAGAGGCUGGGAAUUGCAACAGAUACCAGCAAUUGUAUCUUAUACGUUAACUCAUUAUUGUAUUAAUGAUUUUUCAAAUUUCUAUUUUGUCCCAUAUUAUAUG